CCCCCCCCCCCAUAUUUAACAGCCUUUACAGAUUCACGUUUUUAUUCAAGGUGUGCGUGUACACAAGAAGGAAUUUUUCCACUCAUUUGAAGAGAAGACUUUUCAAAAGAAGCACUUUUUGGUUUUCCUGGACUUAAGUAAAUACCCACCGGGAAUGUGAACAAAUUCAAACGAGUGUUACACAAGUGCUGGAACAGCAUCCUCAACGCGGUGUCCCUCCGCCUUCCAGCACUGAUAGCUUUCUGUAAGGCUCUCCUCUCUGAUGGUUAAAUUGGAUCUGCAGCAGGGCUGCAUGCGAAAAAGAACUACCCAGUCAGCAAGUGGUGAGCCUACCUUUUUCCUUCUGUUUGUUCUGCCACCACAAAGCCUUUGGAAAUGCCUCCUAGGCAGACUGUACCCUUAAUCUGUCUUUUAACUAACUAGAAAAAAAUUUAAGUUUGGAGCAGGCCAUCAUUGUGAAGCAGAGGUCAACAAAGCCAGAGAGUCCUGUGAAAAAGCUGCUACUGGAGACUCUCGGGCCCUUAUGUAUUGUUGCAGUGCACAAGAAAGUAAAAUGGAUUACAAGCGCCGCUUUUUGCUUGGCGGGUCCAAGCAAAAAGUGCAGCAGCACCAGCAGUACCAGAUGCCUGAGCUGGGCCGGACUCUCACCGCCCCUCUGGGCUCUGGUUGCACGGCGCCCGCCCCUGUGGGGGGCCACCUCACCCUGUCUGGUGCCCCUGCCCCCGCUCCCACCACCACUGCUGUCGCCGACAUCCAGCAGGCCAUCUCCAAGUACCUGGACGCACUCAACUUGUUCUGCCGAGCCAGCGCGUUCCUCACCGACCUCUUCAGUGGCGUGUUUAGGAACUCGCACUAUUCCAAAGCAGCCAUGCAACUGAAGGACGUGCAGGAACACGUCAUGGAGGCAGCCAGCCAGCUCACUGCCACAAUAAAGCCCGAGAUCGCCAAGAUGCUGAUGGAGCUUAGCAUCGGGGUGGCCAACUUCAAAGACCAGAAGGACUUCAGCUUGCAGGAUGUGGAGGUGCUGGGCCGCUGCUUCCUGACUGUGAUGCAGGUGCAUUUCCAGUUCCUGUCGCAGGCUCUGCAGAAGGUGCAGCCCGUGGCACAGUCCUGCUUGGUGGAGGCACUUGCCCAGGCUCAGGAGCGCCGUGGCAACGGCCGACCGCAGAGCUCUGCCCCAGGGCCUCUCUCUGAGCUGGAGGAGGCCAUCCAGUCCUGGAAAGGAGCAGCCGAGGCCAUGUCGCGACUGAGAGAGAGGGGACGAGAUGGGUGUCUGUCUGGCAUCGAGGUCCAGCAGCUCUUCUGCUCCCACAGCACCACCAUCCCUGAGCAGCAGCUGAAGGAGCUCAACAUGAACAUCGACAGCGCCUUGCAGGCUUACAAAGCAGCUCUGGACAGCGUGGGCCACGGCGAGUAUGCCUUGAAGGGUGGCUUUCACCUCAAUCCCACAGCUAUUGAAGCAUCUUUACAGGGCUGCUGCAGUGAUGCGGAGGCCCAGCAGGCUGGGAGGAUGCAGAGUCCCUCACAGCCCAUUCAGUGUGAGCUGCCCACCAUCCCCCUGCAGAUCGGCUCCCACUUCCUGAAAGGUGUCUCCUUCAAUGAGUCUGUGGCCGACAACCUCAAGCUGAAAAUGCACACCACCCUGCAGCUGAUCAAAGAGGCUAUGGGACAGAACGGCGUGGCCCCUCAAGAUGACUCCCCUGUCAUUGAGGUCCUUAACCAGGUGUGUCCCUCCAGCUGGAGGGGGCCCUGCAAGACUGCAGUGCAGCUGCUGUUUGGCCAGGCAGGGCUGGUGGUGGUCGACACUGCUCAGAUUGAGAACAAAGAAGCCUAUGCUCCACAGAUCACCCUGGAAGGCUACAGAAUUGUGGUUCAGGUCCCAUCUACAUGGUGUCUGAAGGAGGACCCCGCUACCAUGUCUCUGCUGCAGCGCUGCCUAGAUCCAGAGAAGACGCUUGGCCUGGUCGAUGUACUCUACACUGCUGUCUUCGACCUGAACAGGUGGAAGGACCACAGGGAACAGGCCCUGCCCACCAUCCAGAUGCAGCUGCAGCGGGAGAGUGGAGACUAUGCCAGCCAGUCUGACCUGCCCACGGGGAAUGGGUCCAAGCCCUCUGGCGGGCUACCCAAGACCAUUUCCAAGCUUACCUCCAAGUUCACCAAGAAGACCUCCCCCAGCACUGGGGGUGCUGGGGGCAGCUACUCCAUCCCCAACACCCCCUCCCGUGGACUCUUCACUGCUGGCACCCCUGAGGACAAGGCCAAGCCCCUGGACGGCAGUGACGGGCAGCAGGGCCCCCUCCACGCAGACGGUUUGUCCUUCGUCCCUGACCCCAUCCAAACCUCACAGGGCACGGCGGCUCAGGCAGCCAAUGGCUACGCACCUGACGACAAGGGCAUGAACCUGCCCACGGACCAGGAGAUGCAGGAUGUCAUUGACUUUCUCUCAGGUUUCAACAUGGGCAAGUCCCAGCACACCUCUCCGCUGGUCAAGAGGAGGAACUCAGUGGCAUCUGCGAGUGCAGCCGAGCUUAAACUGCCCCCAGGACCCCCGCCAACAUCACAAGCUCUGUCCCAUGGCAUCGUGCAGCCCCCCCAUCAGGUCCUGUCCCAGCAACAGCAGCAGCAACAGGAGCUCACAGCUCAGAAGCAGCAGCAGCUUUCCCAGCAGGCUUUACAGUAUUAUCAGCAUCUCCUGCAGCCCAUUGGUCAACACCAGCUCCCUUCCCAGCAGUCACCACCCCAGCAGCCUCAGCAGCGUGCACCAGCCAAGUGGCCAAACAGCUCCGCCCAGCACCCCCCACAGGCCCCGCCCUCAGGGCUCUCCCCCAACGGCCAAAUGGGCCAGUGGGGGGCACCAGGCCUCCCGAACCUCAGCUCAGACCUAUAUAGCUUGGGUCUGGUGAGCACCUACAUGGACAGUGUUAUGUCAGAGAUGUUGGGGCAAAAGCCGCACGGGCCCCGCAAUAACACCUGGCCAAACCGGGAGCAGAGCGAGGGGGUGUAUGGAGCCCUGGGGGACGUCCUCCCCUUUGACCCUGCUGUUGGCUCUGACCCUGAGUUUGCACGCUACGUGGCUGGGGUGAGCCAGGCCAUGCAGCAGAAACGGCAGGUGCAGCACAUCCGUCACCCUAGCAACACCCGCAGCAACUGGCCAAUCACAGAUGAGCCUCACAGGACCUGGAACCACCCUGAAUACUACGCCGAGGGGGAUACCACGAACAGCAGCUGGUCAGCCAAUCAGGGAGACUCGGCCAGCUCCAGUGAUGAGACCUCCUCAGCCAAUGGGGACAGUCUGUUUUCUAUGUUCUCAGGACCUGACCUCGUGGCUGCCGUCAAACAGAGAAGGAAACACAGCUGCGGUGAGCAGGAAGCGUGUCCUUUACCCUCGCCACCUCUCCACCACUCCGGAGAUGAUGACAAUCAGCAGGAGAGCAAAACAAAAACCUGGCCCCCCAAGGCCCCUUGGCAGCACUCCUCCCCCCACACCAACACCCUGCCCAAUCACAGCUCUUCCUUGUACCAGAUGGCCAUCCCCUCCAGCCAGUGGGGUGAUUCGAUGCAGAUGCUGCAGUCACCAGUGUGGUCGACCGCCAGCAACUGCUCACCUUCAGCGGGGAUCUCCUCCUUCCCUUUCAGUCAGCAUCAGCAGCAGCAGCAGCAAGUUCAGACCACAGUGCAACAUCAGCAGCAGCAGUCCUCCCAGCACAAAGCCAUCACCAAGGGCUUCAAGGCUUUCCCCUUCAAGCAUGAGCAGAGGCCCUCCUAUCUGCACCAGUACUGAGCCCAGAGUGCAGUGUACCUACGCGGGCUAAUGUCACCACAGCAAAUGAAGGAAGUGUACAUAGGCUUGUCAUACACUCGCAGUGGUGGUUUAGGUGAAACCAUCGGGCAUCCGCCGGUGCACUCUCAAAAACCUUUUUUUUUUAGACAAGCAUUGAAGCAGUUUGUACAUGUUUUCCCAUUUCAGAAAUGUCCAUUUUCCAAGGACACAUUUUGUAAGCCGCAUGCAAACUGUGCUGAUAGCAGCUGGUGUGACGGCCACCUCUGCUGGCCAAACGCAUAUACUUUCUUUCCUGAGAUUUCAGCAGCCUGGAUUGUACACCACAAAUUUUUCCAUUCUACUACUGCAGUUAAAUAUAUAUAAAAACGAGUGUGGGGGAGUUCAUCCUCCACAAUACUGUGUGUUUGUGAAGCUGUGACUUUGAAAUCUCAUGUUAAAUCAUGUGUGAUGAACCAGACUUCAGCUCUCGCCCACUGUUUCAUAGUUUGUAAAUGACUCAAAUUGAUAUAUAAAUAAUUUACUUCUUUAUAUUAAGAGGCUUUGAGCAGGCUCAGCAAAAUUAUAAUCAUUGCAAAGGUGCAAUUUGAAAGAUGUACACUACUUUUUUUUUUUUUUUUUUUUUUACAACUGACAAAGGAAAAUGGCAGUAUCUAUGUGCCAUGUUAAUAUUGGUUACACAUGCAGAUUCAUAUUUUCCAACCAAAGUUUUGUUGAGAAAGUGACUGGUGCUUCAGUGUAGAAGAAUGAAUUCCAACUUUUAUUGGUAUAAAAAAAAUAAUAAACACAGGAAAUGUCUGCUUUGUGUUUUUUUUUU